CUUAACUGGUUCUGCUAGUAUUUGUAGAAAUAAACUACAAUUGGCUUUGAAUAACUGGGAACCUUAAGACCUGCUGGCAGUAACUACUCAUCUUGUAGCUCCUUCCGAUGUUGGAAAAACACAGAUUUUGUUUUCUCAAAGGACAAGUGCUUUACAAGACUAUGGGACUGAAAAAACACUGUUACAGAGGGAGUUUAAUUUGUCUGCAAUAAUCAUAUUUCAUUCUUGCAGUGUGGACGUGCGUUUUGAAAUGUAUCUUCAGAGCAGUAUCUCCCACAGGUGAAUUUCCAUCUCGCUACUACUAAAUCUUGCUACAUUUGUAAUCAAUCUACACACCAGUUCGAUUACACACUGAUGAAAGUCUUUCAACGCACCCACCCUGUAACACUGUCCUUUAUCUGCUGUCUUGCACUGAAAUACUUCUCAGGAACAUCUCCUGGGUUGUCUGCUUGUGAAAUAUCUGCAUCUUGUAUCCUCUUCAGUCCUUCAUCAGUGUAUAAAGGCUCUUUGUGAUCCUUUCCAGGAGCAGCUGUCAGUGGUGUGACUCCCAAAGCUACUACAACAAGGAAGUUGUGGGAGACGUCUGAUACUCAAGGACUCUGCUCAUUCAUACAUGGUAAUAGGACGUCAGAAGCUGCAGGAUCCCAAGGUGACCUCGGGUUUGCAUGCGUGAGAAUAUGUUUGUGAUUUUGUGCAUGUAUGUGAGGGAUACAGCUGGGAAUAUUUUAAACACCUGGUUGUGUGAACAGCACUCACAAAGAGACUAAACACAUAUAAAUUGCAUUUUGUUAUUAUUUCAUGUGAUUUUUCCCAAUUCUUCUCACCAUGACAUCUCAGUCUCCCCUCUGAACCCUGAGCCCUUAAGGACUUCAUGACCUUAUCUGGAAAGAGAUUUCUUGAGGCUGCAUACAGUCAUAACAAAAAGUAGUUUUUAAUUUGAAUUAAUAUUUCUGAAAAGUUACAUGAAACGCAAAGUAAUUUGUUCAAGCUUCAUCCCUGUUGACAUAUGUAAGUCAAUAUAGAGGCAUUAUUGAUUUUCAUGCUGCAGUAUGAAAAAAACCCUUUUGAAAGGACAUAAAUCUGGUUUAAUUUCACCAUAUAACAUAUUUUUGUAAGUGUCACUGUUUUGCCUUCAAAGCUCCUUAUUUACUGUCGUUUUGACCAUUUCUGUGCCAUAGUAUUUCUUUCCCCUCCACAGUUACAUGCCUCCCUUGGGAAUCCUGUAAUCACAUCACAGUGCUAUGAACUGAGGGUGAUUCUUCCCUCAUACAAAGUCUGCAGAGACGCCCACAUAUGGUGCUUAAGAACAGUAUACAAUAUAAGAACAUAUUUGAUAGAACAGUCAAACGGGCCUCACAAUCACCAUCACUGUAUAUACAACAAAGAGUCUCAGGGCAUAGUAUCAAUCAAUCAGUCUUCAUUUGUAUCGCAUUUUUCAUACACGACCAUGUAGCACAAAGUGCUUUACACAGAAAAAGGAAUAAAAGAAACAAAGAAUACCCCAAUGUACCCCAGCGCAACCCCUAAUUCCCACCCUGCAAUCUAAAUGCAACAGAAACACUAUUAAAAUGCAACUUAUAAAGGGCUUGAUUCAGUGGAAACAGGAAUGUGAGCACUGAGGAAAUGCCAUUUUAAAACUCAAGAUAAGGAAACACUGGAGGUUUGGGUUAAACUCUAAAAACAAAGUAAUGUAGAAUGAAACUUAAAUAAUAAUAAAUAAAAUGAAAUAAAAACAAUAGUAAAAGAUACUAAAAUAAGAGCACCAAAAUAGCUCAAUAAUAGAGGAUCCUAUCAUCAAAACUAGAAAGAGACAAAUGCCAAAACACUUAAACAAAGUUGAUGAUAUAAAAUGUAGUUAAAAGCAAGACUAAAAAGUGCAUUCAAGCAACAACAGUGAAGUGCAUCUGAGCUCUGUUAUACCCAUACAUGCUUGUUUGUAAUGCAUGUGCAAGCCUGGUAGACAUACUUCAGUUGGGUAAAUAGCUGCAUAAAAGCAAAAAAAGAGAUAGGCUUUAAAAGACAAAUUUUAAAAUAAGAUAAAGUCAUGAAGUUAAAGACACAAAGACAGAGAGGUCAAAAAGCAACAGCAGUUCAUGUCUAACAGGUGUUCAUUUGCAUAUAAAGCUCUAAAUUGGUGCUGUCAUAUUCUGACAGUGGUCCAGCACUAAAGAGUUGAGACCUGACUGUAAUUUAAGACCACAGAUAGAGAUCUUCCCCCGCGCUGUCGGGACCUGUUGAGCAUCUUAAUGCGAGGGCGUGACACAUAUUUGUGUUUUGAUGCUCAGAUAGGUUACUGAGAGCAAAUACUGUUUUAGACUUAUGAAUGGUUUGUAAAGCUUUUGGGUCCUUGACAGACAAUGAUAAAACAGUACUUUUUUUGAUUGCCACUUUAAAUUGGUGACAGAAUUUGCAUUCCUUAUAGACUCGGCCAGAAGGUCCCAACCUUGAUUGAUUGAAAUUUGAGAAGAAUUUCAGAAAAAGUGCCUAUGAAAGAGCUAAAAAAAACUGAUGUUGGCUUGUUCCAAACUAUUAGGGGCCCUAAGUAAAAUAAUGUAAUAAUUUAUUAAAACUUACUUUUUCUGCAGUUCUACUAAACCUACAUCUUCACUCCACACUGACCUUGUCAGUUUGUAUUAGUUGUAAAAGAAAGCAUUGCAAAGUCUUGUAUCAGCUUGUACCAAAGAUUCCUGAGGUGCUGUUGAUGAAAUAUGGUUUGAUAUCCAUUGCAGCAGAUAAACUGUGUAUUUUGGGCUGCAUGGGAAAGUUUGGUUGUGACCCAGCCCAGGGUUCAGCAAAGGCUUAGAGGAGAGGGAUCAUGAGGACUCAAAGUUACCAUUCCUUGCAUGCCUGUGGACCUCUCUGGCUCACACAACCAUCAAUGUUGCCAAGCAUUUAGCUCCAGGCUUUCAGAUAUUGCCAUCACCUGCAGUACCAAUCAUAGCUUUGUGUUACAUUUUCCCUCCAGAUCCCGUCCUUGAAUGAUGACUGCAGGAUAAUAAUAUUGGUAUUAUUUUUAUCGGCUGAGAUUUCUGCCAUAAAUAGAACAGAAAAAUAUGGGAUUUGUAAUCAUCAGCACUAUUGAAGGAGGAAUAAACAGCUUGUUUUGAAUAUUUUUAUGGACUACUAUCCAAAACAUGUGAAAAAAAAAGUUUUUUUGAGAAGUGAAUUUCAAAUAGUGACCUAGAGUUAAUAUACAUGAAAAAAUGAAAAAUCUUCUUUUUUUUAUUUCUAACAAGUUUUAAAACUGUAUAUCUUGUGUAUUUUCAUAAUUACUUUCUAUUAGUACUUUUAUAAUUUUAUCAUCUGCCUUAUUUUUCAAGGACUAUCUAAUUCAUAUAUAAGUGGUGGCUCUGGUUUAGCAGUCUAUCUACCUAUCUAUCUAUCUAUUUAUUUUCUUUAGUAUUUUUCUUUAUUUAGUUUUUGCUUUGUCCCUUCGUUCUGUCACAUUGUUCUUUUUACUUUUAUUAGUCAGUAUUAUUUUUUUCAAAUGUUAUCUGUUUCAUAUAACUCCCCAAAACAAGCACUUAUAUAUAGGCAUACAUACACACACAAAAAGUUAAACUGUUAUCCUAGCUUGAUUCUGUCUUGUCCUGUCUCCCCCAUCUGCUUUUAGUUUGCUGUCCCUCACCUGUCAUGACCUGUAAUUAAAAAAAAAAAAAAAAGCAGCCUCUGAUGUCAGCGUGUGAAUGCAGUGUGAAUGGGUGAAUGUGACAAAACAUAAACAUAAUUCAUUUACCAUUUAAAAGUCUUACCUUGAGCCUUAGGCCUGGCUAACAAGCUAUCUAGUUUAAGUUUUUAAGACAAUAAAAAUUUACUCUCUAAGGAAAUUCAGAAACAGAAGCAAGACUCAACAGCAUGGUGAAAGACGGAAUAAAAUGCAGAAGGAAAAAUAUCAAGAAUGCAUAAAAGCAUUUCUUCAGGGGGAGUUUUUUAACAGAGGAUUUAAAAGACUCUUAAAGGGAUAGUGAUUAUAACUUCAAGGAAAUGAUAAAGCAAUGAUCAUUAAUGUUCUUCCUUGAACUGCGUCCCCCUGCUGCAGUCUGUAAUGGACUGGCCCGAGGUCUCGCUACAAACAAGCGGCUGCUGGAAGAGUGUGGGAGAGUUGUGUUUAGUUUCUUUGCUAAAGAAAUCAGGCAAAGCUAAAAAGAUGUUUAGUGCUGUGGCUGGGACCCUAUAUGUACUGUUGAUGAAGUUAGGUGCUGUUCUGAGCAUUAUUUGUGGCUAUAGAGUGGCGUUUUAGUUGAGAUUUGUUUAUGGCUCCUUAGACCGCUGUGUAUUGCUAUCGUGCGGUCGUUACUAAAGUUGGUAUAACUAGAGAAGCAAGCAGUCAGCAACGUUCAUCUCUCGAGGGGGUGUCUAACUCGGCGUUACGGUGUGUUUGACCCUAACUUAAUUUUACGGCAGAAUAUCCCUUAAAGUUGUGGAUUGUCCCCUGAUUAUCAGAGGGAAGUUCAACAGUCUGGAGGCCUUAACGUCAAAGUUCAUCUUUGGUUACAAGUAUGGGUUUUCAGUUCAAUCGGACAAGCUGCACCUGCUGACUUAAAGGCCAGUGCAUGCAUUUUUGCAAUUUAGAUACAAAAACAUAAAGGCACCUCAGCACCUAUAUCUGAAAGUUUAAAGAUAGAGCGUUCACCUCUGUUUAAAGAUCAUAAACAACCUUCAAAAGGGCUGCGUCAUCACUUUCAAAGACAACACCUUACAUAACAAUCUUCACAGACGUAAAACUGAGGGUUUUUUUAAGUUUGGGAAGCUCCAAGUGGUUUCCCACACUAUCUCGAGGUUAAAUGAAUCAAUGCAUCUUUUGUUCCACAAGUGUCCCAACUUAAAACUUAAUAAAAUAUGUCAUCGAGUGAUAGCGUAUGCCCAUAUACCUCCCUCCUCUCAUUCCUUUCUGUUUAUCUGAAGUCUAUUGGGUUCUUUCUUUCCCCACCGGAUCACCCUCCCGUAUUCUUUCACACAAACCAGUGGACAAGACAACAAUGUUAAGUAUCUCAAGGCCAAGCUGGGGUACAGACUGAUAAAAACCCAGGUUCCCAAGCCCUGACAAACAGUACCUAGAGAGCAUCACUGACUGGUCACUUGUUCCUCCUCCUAGAGCCGCAGAGCUAACCUCAGCUUAACAUUUUGACCUGUUCAUCUACAGAUCGACCGUCCAUCUCAAACACCAUGACCUUCGCCUUUAUUGUCAUGACAGUGCUUCUGGGCUCCUCAAUGGCGAUUGCAUUUGUCUUGCAGCCAUCAAGAGAAGAACCUACAGCCUCUGCGAACACUCCUGUUUCCCAUCAUAGGUAAGUGUUUGAUUGAAUUGUACCAAAUAUGCAACAUUGUCUUUUUAAGUGGCAUGUCUACAUAUGUAAGGGGUAUUUGAUAUGCUAUGUUUGAAAUGCAUCCAGAUAUCUGUGAAGUAGCUGCACAGAGCAUUCAGUAGGCAUGCUGUCAAAGGAUGUCAUUAUGUCUCUAUAUUUUUGCUGAGUCAUUUUUAGUCAUUUCAACUACUUAAAUGAUGUUUGCAAUUUGAUAUCAGGUGCCAGGCUGAGUCAAUGCAGUCCAUCAGGAAAGGUCUCCUCAGGGCCCUCAACCUGCAGAUUGAGCCACGACUGCCAGGCGGUGGGUCGGGCAGGGUCAUGGACCAGUGGAGGACCACCUUCAGCAACAUUGCUCAUGGAGCCAGGGAUGCUGCUGGUACGUGGAAAAACAGAAGUUUUAGAAAACUGCUGCAGUUCUUAACUUCAUACUUUUUACUUCUGUGUAACUGUGGGUCUUUUUUAGCUCCAGCCACCUCUGAUAACUCUGUGUCACCUGAUGUUGGAAACAGCACAAGCCCAAGAUGCUGCACCAUGACCUCUGAGAUCUUCAUGAAAGGUAUACCACACUUUUUUUGUGUUUGUGUGAACUGUGCAUGCACAACAACAUUCACCAUUUAUGUAUAUCUAUAUUAUAAAGAGUAAGGAUAGAAAUGCACAUAAUACUAUUUCUUAUACUCCCCAGAUUUGGGCUGGGAGAGCUGGGUGAUCCUCCCUGUCAGCGUAACCAUCGUUCAGUGUGCACUCUGCAGCCCUGAAGGAAACGUUGUGCAGUGCCCAUCGUCCCACUCCAGCAUGCAGAACACCGACUCACAGGUAUAAAAGCAGUUACCUUGAAUACCACUUAUGUACAGAGCUGAAGGAGUGGUUCUGUACAUUUAAAGAUGCUAUGAGUGUAUGUGAGUAUUGUAAUUGUUUUCAAGUAAAAUACUCACAUUAGUAAAAGAUAGUUGUAUCAUCCAAAUUUACUCAUUAUGUAAUAAGCUAAAGUAUGCAUUCUGCAGCAAAAAGCACUUGUUUAGAUUGGACUAUGACUACAGUGGUGGUGUUAAACUACAUUUUUAAAAUGCAUUGAUAAUAUUGAGUAUUAGAAGCUUUUUCAAUGAGGAAAAUGGUCAUAUUUAUUUUCUUCUUCUGUGACAUGCCUUCGACUGCCACGUUAGUUGGCCUUAAAAGAGAAAUGUUUAACAACCAAAAUACAUGUAAAAAGUUCUAUAAAAAAGAAGUGCACUUCUCCAACCUUUUUUUGUCUUCUUUUCCAUCUCUAUGCCAUGGGUCGGCAUCUUUAGCACGUAGCUUAGUUUACUCAGUGAGUCCUGGAAACAGCUGCCAAAAGAUAAGUCUGUUUUUUUUUUCUCCCUCUGCCAACAAAAACCUUUGCCUGACACAAGCCAAGGCACUCCCUAAAGCUGUUCCACCAGAAAGGAAUGCAAUGUGGCAGCAGAUGUGUAUUUUGGAAACAGCAGAUGGUGUAACUAAGGCAAAAGACUUGAAUUACUUAAUCAAAGGGAACAACUGUGAAGGAAAUAUUACUUUAUUUAACAUUUGUAUCAAACCAGAUUUGAAAGACUGUAAUAUUUACUUUGUGUCCCUGAUUAAGACCAAAUUAUAUUCAUUUUACUUUUUUUUUUUACAUGCAACACCAUCACCAACAGAGCUUUUCUGCAGUCCAUCACUUAAUCAGUUCAUCCACUACAUACUACAAUAACUAACUUUAAAUCAUAAAAUACAUCAUAUAAAAUCUGUUUUGUUUUUUGCAAUCUCUUACAGUAUGAAUAUCAGCUAUUAGACCAUGUCUGACUCCUUCUCUCUUUGUGCAGGUGCCAUGUUGUCAGCCAGCCUCCCAGGAAAGCAUUCCGGUCCUCUAUGUGGAUGAAUCUGCCACUGUGGUCCUUUCUUCCAUGCUGCUGACCAGCAGCUGCAGCUGCAGACAUGGUGACCUCCAGCAGCCUGGCCAAGAGUAAAGUUUAAUCUUUUUCCCCUGACUAUGUAGCACUUCAUUACAAACUACAUAAUAUGUAGGUUUGUUGUUUUUCACCAACUCCUACAGUGAUUUGUUUGAGUCUUUCUUUUGAUUCUUGGUGUUGUCUCAGAUCCUUACGAAACCAAACCAAAGUAAAAUGGCUCUAAAGAAAACACAGUUGUAUAUUCUUGCCUCUCUGUUCAGGUCAAAUGAUUCAAGAGCCACCAGAGGAGGCAUCAUUAAACCGACCACUAACCAUUUCAGGGUUAAAACCUAAAACAUUGAAACUAAUGUGAAGUUAAUAAACACAAACUGUAAUCCACAUUCUUGUGCUGCUGCAUUUUGUCAGAAUUUUCCAAAACUUAAGCUUUGACAUGUUUUUCAGAGAGAGAAAGCGAGAGAGAAAAAAACUGCUUUUCUUUCAUUGAGGUCAGGUAUUUCUCUCGCACCAAGAGCUGGAUGUGAAGUGAAGCUGACACUGGUGUGAUAAAUGCUGCCAGUUUAUCUUUAGAUAAAUCUCAUGAGUACACAGAGCUAUUUAAAGCUACUAAAUGUUACGGAGUGUUCCCUCCAAAAAUGUGAGACUGUCAGGAGCCAGAUCCUCUGACAGGCAAGUUAUCCAGCCACUGCUUCCUCUUAUGGGUGAAGAAUCUUAUUUCAUCACUAGAGACAAACACAGGUCAGACAACUUUUAACAGACAACAAAUCUUACGAAAUAAUUAUGUUGAUUUCAGACUGAAAGUAAGAGGAGAGGGUUGUUUUGACUGCAUACUUCUGUAUAUAACAUUUUAGUGCUUCACAGUGAUUUUUAAGGAUUUUCAGUAAAAUAUUUUUAACACAAAUUAAAGCUAAACAGAAUAAACCCGUCUUUGUUCAUAUUUACAGCUGAAUGCAGAGAUCCAGAUUUGUAUUUUAUGUCUGUUUGUUAUUUUUUCUUUAAACAGUAAAAUCAUGUCUAAAUCUUGAACUUUGUACUCUGUUUGUAAACCUUCAACAGCAGUUGUCCUUUUGACUAAGCCUCAUGAUUGAAAGCAGUUCUCAGUCUCAGUCACGAUUUCUUGUGUUUUAAUCAUUUAGUAUAUAUAUACUGUAUAUGUUAGUAUAAAUAGUUGUUUUGUUUUUCUUGUACCCAACUUACAGUUACCUCACUCUUCUCUUAUUCAAGUUUUUUUUUUUUUACACAAGUGCACAUCAGCCUCUAAAAUAAAACC